AUGACAUUCAACUUUGGCACCUCUCAGGGAGGCUUUCUUUUCGGCAAUCAACAAACGACAAGUGCCACCGGCGGUUUCUCACUGCAGAGUACUCAGGGUAUCGCGUCAUCUAACAGCCUGGGUGGGUUGAAACCUCAGACCUCUGGAGGUUUUGCGUUUGGAACUGAUUUUAAUUUCGGAGCAGCUAGCAGUAGUCAAGGGAAUAGCCUCUUGGCACCACCGGCGGGAAACAUAGGAUUGAAAACAAACUUUGGCUGGAACACGGCAAGUACCUCUUCCUCGCAACCAAUAUUCGGAGGCCAAAGUACGCAAACCGGCUUGACCGAUGAAAAUUUUCGUAGUGGACAAUUCAACAUCACCAACAUCACAAAGGCGACUAGAUUUUCCGAUCUUCCUCAAGAAUAUCAAAAAUCCCUUGCAGAGUUGGACAAUCACAUACAACAGCAGAAACGAAUGAUGACAUCAAUUGGGUCAAUGAACCUGCCGAACGUUAAGCAGCAAAUACAAGAUGUCUUCAACGAAUCACGAAUAUUGUUUCAGAAAUUGGCUCACCUGACAAAUGAUCUGCAAAGCGGCCAACUUUACAUAGGCAAGUUGCUGACAGAGUUGGAUAAACACAUAGGACUCGUGGAUAAUGCUCGUCGAUUUUACGAUGCUGCAUCCCAAGGGCAAAGCAAUGCUGUGAUACAAAUUGGCGAUAAUGUGUUCUCAAAAUAUUAUUAUGACCUUAUUGUCUUGUUCGAGGAUCGAUUGCAACAAUACGAGUCGAUUAUCGAUGAACUGGAACGUCAUUUCUAUUGGAUAUAUCAAAAUCCAGAGAGAAAUGAUGGUAAAGAAUUAUUUGCGUUCUUCAUUGACCUUACUGCACUCACCGAAGCCAUGCGCAACCAGCACGACAGCUUCAUGGCGAUAACGGGGAAGGUUGCAUUGUUGCACGAAAAUGUGGAAAAAUUACGCAAUCAAUACCUUAAUUACCGACGUGCUAAACUCCUCGAUAACAGCAAUCCAUUUCUCGGGCAAGGUCCUCAGAGGACGGAUGCCGUUCCCGUAUUGUCUAUCGUCGAAUCCAUGUCACCAAGGGAGCUGGCACAAACUAUUUCGAGGAAGCCGCCAACAAGUCAAUUUCAAGCAACCAUUCCAUUUGUCAAACGGUAA